UACACUGACCAGUACAACACGCCACUCUGCAGUGUGGUUCAGAAGAUUUGAAGCUUUUCAUUGUUCGUGUACAGUCUAUUGUUUGGAUUUACAUACAACUUCAAGCUAGACUCAAGUUUAGGAACGUUUGACCGACUCUGUCAAGUGUUUAGUAACCAACAAUCGAUUUGUGUACUGGAAAGCGACAAGUAGACAACGAUUUGGAAAUUCUCGAAAAUUUUAUACUCCUGUUGUUAAUACGAAUUCAGAAAUUUGUGAUUAUACUCUGUGAAUAUUUCUGAGUUACUACUAAUCCUAAAUUCAGUUAAAAUAUAAAUUGUACAAUACUCUCACUAUAAAUACAUAUCCACUGUUUGUCAUGAGUAUUUCGCGAUUCGGCAAAUAUCUUGAGACUUUAUUGGUGAUACUCCUGUUAUUCGCUGCAAUCUUAGUCAAUUCAUCUGCAGUGACACCACAAGGACAAGGAGAUGCCACCGAUUUGUUGCAAACUUCACUAAUUCGUCCCAAUAGUUCGGAUGACGCUCCUUUGGAAGUAAGGGUGCACUUUGUACUUCAUCAUGUCGCUAUUAACGUGGAUGACUUUGACAUGACCUUGACGAUGGAUGUGUUUGAGGAGUGGACGCACUCGAAUUCAGUUUCUGUCUCACCGGAAGUCCGUAUAAAUAGGAAUGACGAUGCACAAAUCACAAACGAGACCCACGACAAAAGAACGGACUAUGACGUAGCGGUGGUUAAUGCACGAGAAUCUACAAUUCUGAAAACACUGAUGAGAUCCGACGGAAAUGGGUCGACAACAAAAUUGACCAAGCUAGAAAUUACGACCUCUUGUUCUAUGAAUUUCUUCUACUUUCCAUUUGACAAACAGACAUGUGCGAUAAAAAUCAUACCGGGUGAAUCCUCUAGCAAGAAAAUUGCAUAUGCAAUUGAUUCAACAAAUCAUCCAUUGACCAAAAUUACGGAAUUAGACAACCUUCGACUAUAUUCCUUAACGAAAUACAAAAUCAGCCAAGGUGUACUUCUAGAUGAAUUUGGUGUGUAUAAUCAGUCCAGCAUAGAGAUCCAGUUGAUGUUUUACCGUCAAUUUGAGAGGAGUCUUUCCUUUCUCUACUUUCCCGUCGUGGCUUUGAUGACAAUUUCCUGCAUGGCUCUCUUCGUCAAGCCCAAUUUACACUCUGUCUACAUUACGUUAGCAUCCUUUAUGACAAUGGUGGUGUGGAUCAUUUCAUGCGAUAUGACUCAUGCCGGGUUUACGACAAUGCUGGAUCAUUAUCACUUUCUCUGCUUGAAUCUUUCGUUAAACGCUGUAUCAGUGGCCCUCAUGAUUCAUCUUUUCAUGCAAAGUGGUACUUCGACACAAAAGAGUAGUGGAGCUGUUUUGGAAAAGUCAGAAUCUGAUCAAUCUGACAACUUUACAGAUGUGAAAUUGGAACUCAAUUCAAUUACAACUUCAAAUACUACAAAUGGUUACAUACAGAAAACUAACAAGGACGAUGAAGAAAUAAAGUCUGAAAAUGAUCCUGAAGCGCAUAUCCGUGCAAUGGGGAAAUUCAAACAAUUCAUAUACUUUAAAUCUGCGAAACCAGCCAAAUAUCAGCUACCGAUUAUAUUUACUCUGAUAAAUGUGAUAUACGCGGUGUGGAUUAUUAUUGCACGGGUACAUACGCCUUCUGGAUUUGAAAGUUUUUAAUACGUUAGUAACGAACAGUUAGUUAAACCUACUGUCCACGUAUUUCUCUUUACAUGCGUUACCAAUAAAUGAAAUAAAUGCAAAAGAUGUUAUUCACAA